GAAAAUGGAUGAAAGCAUCCAAAAGAAAAAGAAAAAGAAAAAGAAAUGCUCAAAAUUCAAAGAAGCAAUGCAGGGAAGGAAAGAAAAGAAGAAAAAGAAAAACAGGCUGAAUUUGGGAUUAGAUGACAGUUUUGUGAUCACACAGGGCAGCAGGGCACAAGCAGAGGUCAUUGUGACGCCACAAAGAAGCGACAAACUAAAACCUGACAGAGACCUCACGAAGAAAACCAAAAGAAAAAAGAAGGUAGCGUUUGACUUGUCACCGGGCUACGACUGUGCAAAACUUCCUAAACUUACCUCUUCAGCUCAGCAGACUCCUAAAGAGAGCGUUUUCUUGCAGAAUGAAGCUGUGAGAGUCUGUGAGAGCCGUUCACAGAUCACAGCGACCGGACAAACACACGGUGACGAAUCUCAGUGCACCAGCGAGGACAUAAACAGCCAGGACCUGUUCAUCACCCAGAAGACGUUCAGAGCGUCGCCCUCCGAACCCUCCAGCGGUGAAACCAGCGACAAAGCAGUUUCUUCAAGCCCUCAGAUGUUUACGGAAGCACACGAGUUGUCAAUAGUUUGGCUAAAACAGCAUCUCGACCGAUCGUACAAAUGUCCGGAAGACUUACAUUUCUAUCGAGGAAAGACAAGCGAGCAGAAGCCGAUGACAGCGCAGCUGCUUCUCACUGAAGAAGAAAAGAUAAACAAAGCACGUGAGAAUCCCAAAAAGGGAAAAUUGUCCUUUCAGACCCAGAACACAAAACUUGAAAAAGGAUCACAUAAAACACCCAGUGAGGUGAAUUCAUACCUGGAUGAGCCGAUCGUCGUAAACUCCUCCCUGCAUGGCGCAGGGUCAAAGAUGCGUCCUCCACGUGUGUCAGAUGAGCCCUCAGCGCCUCCCACGAUGUCCCUGACGAGCUCGUCCACACAGACGGAGAACUUCUUCAGCACUGAACUCUCCUCGUACCUCAACUUCUGCCAAAAAACGAGACUGACGGCACGCUUAGUGGACUUGAAGCCGUUGGAUCUGAGCCUGCCGGAGAGGGUCAGAAAAGACCUCGGGACGUGUUUGAACAUCGCUUUGACAGACGAGGUCGAACACAAAGAGUCCAACCUGCGUCCAUCUUCACACACGAGAGACAGAGAGGCAAAGACAGAGCCUUCUGGUGGACAGCCGUGGUCUGUGAGGACGCACCGUAAAGGAGAAACAACUCCGAGCCCCAGGUCAGAGUCUGAGCCAAAAUCGACAGACACGACCGCCUCCAGCGAGGACGACCCCCCCUGUCGCAACGGCAAGCUAGACCUGGUCCAGGUGAGGGCGGUCCAGAUGAGACUCAACGAGUCCUUCUUUUUCAAGACUAAGGGAGAGGGACAGUCCCCCAGACCCGAGUCUCCGCUGAUGAAACUCACUCAGAGCAGAAACACGAGAAGCAAGAAGGUCCACUGA